AGUAUUACACUCCUCAGUGUGCAGCCUGCCGGUAUUUUAUUACCCGAAGAAGAAGAACUUUGCUCACUUCAGAAUAACGAAGCUAAACGAAGUCAUGGCUGCUGAGUGCGAUGUGCUGUCUGAACUGGAAGUGCUGCAGUCAAUCUACCUGGAUGAGCUGCUUGUCAGCAGGAGGGAGGACGGAGGCUGGGAGGUGAGCCUUGUUCUGCACCCCUCCACAGGAGAGGACUCUGUCUCCCAGUUUGUCAGACUCACGCUGACUUUGUCUCUCAGUCAGCAGUAUCCGUCAUCUUCUCCUAUGAUCUCCAUUCACAACCCACGAGGACUUUCUGAUGACAAGCUCAGCAGUGUCCAGCACUGUCUGCAGCUGGAGGCACAGUUAAGUCUGGGCUCACCAGUGUUAUAUCAGCUUAUAGAGAAAGCAAAAGAAAUUCUCACUGAAAGCAAUAUCCCCCAUGGAGACUGUGUCAUCUGCCUGUAUGGGUUUAAGGAGGGAGAGAUGUUUACUAAGACCAACUGCUACCACUACUUCCACUCGCACUGUCUGGGACGGUACGUGAGCCACUCAGAGAGAGAACUCCGUCAGAGGGAGAAGGAAUUGGAGGAGGACAAGACUAGAGAGAGAACAAAGCAGCAGGAGCUGACUGUGGUGUGUCCGGUGUGUCGAGAGCCUCUCACAUAUGACGUUGCUCACCUCCUCUCCUGCCCUGCACCCCUGCUGCCGGAGCUCGAUGAAGCAGUGAUCAGUUCAGAUUUUCAGCGGAAAUGGUGUGAACUCCAAAAGCUUUGGGAAGGGCAAAAGGCUAAAGGUGGCAUCAUUGACCCUGAGGUGGAAUCGAACCGCUUUCUCAUCCAUAUCAAUGAGAGCUCAUCUGCUGCUGAAAAUGGAAACCUGGACGUUGAUGUUUCUCCGGAUCAGCUGGUAUCUUCUGCUUCCAACAUUUCUAGUGGUGACGCUGGUGGUGUUGGAGAUCAGCUUGUUUCUGGAGUGUCACACUGCAGAAGCAGUCAGGGUCACGUACGUCAGAGCCAAGCAAGAGCACCUCAGAAAGGCCGACCCAGACCACAACACGGGGGUGCCACCUCUGUCACGGACCACCUCGACAAGCUGUCUCUGUCCACUGACUGCACGGAAGGACUACUUAAGGCCAAACCUCAGCCGAGCCGUGGUCAUCAUGUGCGAGGGAAUUCAAAGUCAUGUCAGGCUCAUACUGGAAAGAAAGUCUAUACAGAGCUCAGCCAACUGGAGUCCAGGGCUUCUCCAGAAGGUCAGCUUACGCACCAGUCAGGUUCUGACUCCGACUUCACCAAACACACUGUGGAAUCUUCAUGCAGCCAUCAUGGCAGGAGAAAGGGCCCUCACAGAUACUACCCACAGAUGGGUGCGUCAGGAUCCACACGCCACCACUGGAACAGGCAGAGAGCACCAAAAAACAGGGGAGGAGCCCAUAAUCCAUUUAGCAGAGGAGGGGGGUCCUGCCGGGGUAAUGGCAGAGACUUCCAGCAGAGGGUGAUGGAGAAAGAUGGUGUCAGAGAGGAGGUGCUAUGACAAAAAGCAACAGGAGGGCCAGUGAACAGAUGUAUGUGUGCCUCCAUUAUCAG